AGUCGGUUGGGAUUCAUUGCAAUCCGUUCCACGGACAACUCCACUCAUCUCUUUUUCUCUCUCUCUCUCUCUCUCUCUCACAUACUCACAUACUCAAUCACGUUUCAUCCCUCAUUUGCUGAAGCGUGUAAUUCAAGUGUCAUCCCUCAAUCUUCCGGUUCGUUUCCUUCAAAACACAGUUGACACCGACGAAAGAAGAAAAAUUGCCAUCGUCAUGAAUCUAAUAAUCUUCGUGACUCUGUCAGUCAUCUCGCUGUGCCAUUUCGGCGAUUCUUCCGUCUGGCCGAUCCGUGCGGAUGCCUGGUCUUCAUCAUCGCAUCAAGUGGUCCGGAGAGGGGCGCUUCCGUAUUGGUUGAGGGCUCUGCGGGACGGCGGUCGAUUGAACUCGGCGGAUGGCCGUUUGCGGAAGAAUCGCGACGCGGAAGACGUGUUCCCAGUCGUCGCUGAGCGCUACAUUCAACAAGCUCAGAACGGAAAAGUCAUCGCAUCCAACGGCAAAGGCAACAACAACAACAACAUGGACGACGCCAUGAUUUUCGGCGAGGGCGGCAGCAGCAGCAGCACGGACAAAGUGCUAGUUAAUGGAGCCAAUUCCGGUGGAGCCAGCAGCAUCGAUUUUGGAGUCGAGGAUCCGAUGAAAAAUCGGUCGCCGCAACUGCAUCACGGACGUGCUGCCUGCAACAAGAGCAGCUCGGCCACCACCACCGGCGGCGGCGAUAGCGUCGAUGCGAGCCCCCAGUCGGAAGCGGCUGACGUUUCACCGUCGUCGGUCGACUUCUUCAUCGAUCAACCUGAUUGGGCUCCGCUGGUGAACGAAUCUCAGUGCCAAUCUUACGGGCCGUCGCAGUUCUGCGAGAACGUGACCAAUUAUCCAGCGGAAGCCAUCAGCAAGAUUCUCAUGUCCGAAAACGGAAGCAUACUGAAAACUUUUUUCGCCGACAACACUGCUCAACCGUUUCCGUCAGCCAGUGAAUCGGACGAGUCCAUGGUGUUGGCCCAGCGCAAACCCGGAGGAGCUCCGGCCGUGACAGCGCACGCCAUCAACACCCGAACCAAACCGUUAGAGUCCGGAAACGUUCAACAUCUUUGCGAGUCAAUGACGGAAUUCAAGUUCCCGAAAUCGGCCAAGAAUAAUCAAAACGAAAUGCUGACCAUCGUCAACCAGGACAACAUCUCGCAGCCCAUCACCGUGGAAACUUGUCGGAAUGAAAACCAACCGUGCAAAUACGCCGACAACUUCCCGGCUGGAUACAAAUCAUUUUGCAUGCAGAAAUACGUCACACAUCAUUUGGCGGCCCUGAAAAAUGGCAAGAUCGUCCGCGAAGCCUUCACCUUCCCGUCUUGCUGCGUCUGCGUCCUCAAGCUUUGGGAUGCCCGCACUAACAGCGCAGCAGAAGCGAGGGGCAUUGCCAUGCCGACAUCUCUUCGCCGAAUGGCAUCUGAAGUCGACGUGCAACAAUCGCCCUAGCCAGCUCGAAAUUGGAUUUUUUGACUUGUAGAUGGACGUCGGGGGAGCCAUCGAGUCAUUGAUUGCAAAUAACGACAAUGUCAACGCCACGUCAUCUUCCGACUCCCAGUGAGACUCUUCCGCAAAAGAAAAACACGCCCGAAUAUAUACUCUGAUGCCCCUGUCUCUGUUAUAUCUUUUCGCCAAGGUACUAUAUAGAUAACUAUUUCAGAUAUGUGUGCUCCCCCUCCCUCUGUUCCUUUCAUGUAGCAAAUAACGGGCUGACAGGCAAAAAAAAGAGGAGAGGAGAGAGAUGGACUGUCGGUCCGGCGUAUGUAGUGAGGUACAACGGCGAGCUCACAAACAAACAGUAAUAACUAAGUCUCUCUCUCUCUCUCUGGGUUCCAAAAUCACUCGCCGAUUUUCAGCGCGCUGUUCAAUAAUGCUCUCUCCCUCACACAUGUGCGCGUGUGUGUGUGUACGUGCCGUUGAUUUUUGUUGUUUUCCCAAUAACUUCCCUUAAAUUUAAUUUAUUUCAAGUUGAUGAUGAAGGACCUCGACUCGACAAACAAGAAUCGUAUCCAUAUCAGCCAUAUAGGUUUGAUGACUAUAUUUAUCCCCCCAAAAAAGACUCUCUCUCCCUUUGAUGAUUAUUAUCCGAACUGUAUUCUCAAUCGAUAGAAUCGUAUUACUGUUAUUAUUAAUAUUAUUAUUAUUAUCAUUAUCUUAUACAAGAGCGCGAUUUGACGUUGUGAUGUUCUUGCCCCCUUCUGUGUUUGUGUCACGCCAUUUAUCGCCGCCGUCGUCGUGUGUUAUAUACUCUCUGCCUCUUUAUUCUUCCAUCUUGCGAUUGUGUGUACUGUGUUGUACAGUGCCGCCGUAUGGGGUGGGGUCUGGUUGGGGGUGAGAGUAUUGAUUCGGCUCCGACCUCGUCAGCGGACCGGUACCCGCUCCUGGCGCUUCCUCCCGUCGCCCGCUGUUUCCUCCGCCGAUUCUUUUUUUCUAUUUCAUUUCCCAACACAAUGUGAGAUGAGACGAAACGGUCAGCAAGUUCCAGAUGAUAGAAGAUUGCUCGUCUCUGCACAUCAUCAUCAUCACCCCCCCACUGUUCUCGCCCUUAUUUUUUGUCUUUUUUCUUUUUCUCAGCCUGACUUUUUCGUUCCUUUUCUUGCCGCUGACCAUCUCCUGAUGUGCCUACUAAUGCCUAUUCCUAUUAUAAGAGGUUUUGUGUCACGUAUUUGGCCAAUCUGUUCAGUUUUUAAUUCCCCCUUAAUGAACGUUCAAUCGUGCGCUGUUGUGUUGUACGGGUCACCGAGAUCAUUACGCGACAAAUUAAUAAAUAAUACGAAACAAUUCA